CGGGAGUGAGGAGAGCGGGAGAGAGGGGACCUAUCGGCGGCGCCGUCCUUGGCAACCAAUCACCGCGCAGCGUCUUUGGGGCGCGUUGCCAUGGUUACCGCCCGACGCUUUGCCCCCGCCGAGCAGCGCCGCCAUGCCGGGCCCGGGCGGAGCGCGGCCGUUCUCUGCACUGAGACAAAGAUGGAGGACCACCCUCAACAUCUCAAAGCAGGUGAGCAUCACAGGCGGCACCCACACAAGUGCAGCGCUGAGCAGCCACGUCCACACCUCCGCGGGCAGAGCUGUGCGGAAGGCGACCCAGGAGCACAGGCAGCACGAUGUGCGGGUUUUUGAUGACGAAGGAAAGGAUGUGACACCCCACCCGCUCUUCCAUCCAGAUCCAAAAACUGCUGUAUCCAAACAAAGCAAGCUCCUGGCAUUGAGCGAUUACUUGGGGGCCACAGAAUCAGGCUUUCUCUCUUUCUCUGUACAUCAGACGUUAGAAGAAGAUGAUAGUUUUUCGGCCCCACACUCGAGGACAUAUGGAAGCAGCAGAAUUUCUAAAUCAACCACGUCAAUAACAGAGUCCGUGCUAGAUGGAAUAGCAGAACCUGGCUCUCACCAAGACACAGCUGUUAGCUUACCUGAUGUACAGGUGAGGCAUGAGGAGAUAAAAGCACAACUGACAGAAGAAGACUUAGACAAGAAAGUGGAUAUUUAUCUCACAGAGACAGAAACUCUCCGGAUGUUGGACAUUCCACCUGUUCUGGUGUCUGUAGAAUCAGAAGACGCUGCAAGAGUUCUGGAGCGUAAUAAGGUAUAUGCUGACGUUUGCAAAAACAGACCUGGUAACGAUCGCUUUAUAGAGAAAAUGAUGCAAACCAUUAAUGGAGCCACAAAGAACAAGAAAGUACAAUGUGACAAAAUCAUCAUGGAAGAUAAAGGGAUAGUGGUCACUUCCUGGGACAUGUAUGAUUCUUUUAACACAUCACAAGUAGAACCUACCUCCAAAGCAGAAGGCAGCAGAGCCCCAGAGAAGAGGAGCACCUCUAGCAUGACUAAAGACCAGGCUGCACCUGCAGCUGCUGAGAGAGGCAGCAUAACUUCUCCUACUGUUUUGGAAAGCACCGGUCGUGCCGGAGUCCACGAGGAGGAGAAAUGCCACGCAGAAGCUAUAUUAAGAUCAGAAAACUUUCAGCAGGAUUUAUUUUUCAUGGAGAGGAUUCUAAUGGAGAAUAUUUUUCAACCCAAACUCGCAGCUUAUCGGCAGUUUCCUGUCCUCAUAGAUCCUGCCAUCACACCAGGGGCUGGCAGCACAGUAGCUGCUACGAAAGAGGCUGAGCAGGAAGAGCAUGAUAAGGGAAAGAAGGAUAAGAAAGACCAGAAGGAAACGCUUACUGAGCCAUUAAUUCUGUCAGAGCUAAAUAAAACCUCAGAAGAAAUGGUACUUCCCAGUUUGGAACUACUCUGGUCCUAUAGAUGUGAUUUAACUCACCAGCACAACGUGAGCAGCAUGGCUUGGAGCAAAGUAAACCCGGAUCUUUUAGCUGUUGGUUACGGAGCGUUUGAUUUUAAAGAACAGAAGGAAGGUUUGGCAUGCUGCUGGUCACUGAAGAACCCAAUGUGGCCAGAGCGUAUUUUCCAGUGCAAGCAUGGCGUUACUGCACUGGAUUUUUCUAUGGCAACCCCAAACCUCUUAGCAGUUGGGAUGUACAACGGCACCAUUGCGAUCUAUGAUGUACAGAGUCCUGACUCCACCAUACUCUUCCACAGUGGCGAAUGUUCAGCUAAACAUACAGGUCCUGUAUGGCAACUGAAGUGGGUGGAGUGGGACAGAGGCACAACAGAGGCUGACAAGUGGGAGAAAUUAAUCUCUAUCUCAGCAGAUGGCCGAAUAACCCAGUGGUUUAUGCAGGAAGGACUAAGCUGCGUUGAUCUGAUAAAAAUAAAGCGAACAAGAAGCAAGAAGAAAAACUCACCAGGUGAGAAAGAAAGGAAAAGCGAUGAUCUGCUAUCCCAGAGGGCAGCUGGGAUGUGCUUCGACUUCCAUCCAAAGGACACUGAUCUUUAUCUUGCUGGAACAGAAGAAGGUCUUAUUCACAAGUGUUCUCACUCACGCAAUAAGCAGUUUCUAAAGACGUACAGAGGACAUAAGGGCUCUGUGUAUAAAGUUGCUUGGAAUCCAUUCACCACUGACAUGUUCCUGAGCUGCUCUGUGGACUGGAGCAUUAUUUUAUGGCACCAGAACUCGCAGACACCCAUUUUAACUUUCAGCACCACCACUACCGUUGUUCAUGACAUUACGUGGUCUCCAAGGUCAGCCUUCAUAUUUGCAGCAGCUAGUGAAAGCAAAGUAGAAAUUUGGGACCUCAGCAUUAGCAUCCUGGACCCUGUGAUCACUCACAUUGCUAACCCAGAAGCAAAAUUCACAUCUGUACUCUUUGCUAAGAACACUGACUGCCUUCUGGUGGGAGACAGCAGAGGAGAAGUCUGUGUGUUUUUGCUGCAGAAUCUGCCUGCUUCCAGCAGCACUGAGGUUGAUGCCUUACAUGAUGUAAUCGGUCCUGCUCUACUUCCAGUAGCUAAAUGACAGCACUUCUCACUUGGCCACUCCAUCAGGAACCAGAACGCACCCAAAACCCACCUGAGGUCCUGGAAUACAGCCAUUUGCCAUCUGUACCUCCCCUCGUGAAUUCAUACAGUAAAUGAAUGGACUUCUCAUCAGGUCCUUCUUGUCUGCCCUCCCAUAAACCACAACCGAGUUUGAAAGCUGAGCUUUGAAAGGCAUCGAGCGCUCCUGCAACUUGCAGACUGUCCCAGCCAAGAAGAAUUAGGGACCAGCUUUUUCAACCUGACAAAUUUGAACAAUGUCAUGAUUUGAAUGUACUCCUGCAGCUCUAGAAGGCAGAUCUCUGCCUUGAGAGACCUCUCCACCAAAAGACAUGGGUAGGGUGAGGACGUAACCUUCUGCAGCUCUUCUAAGCAGAUGCAGGCAAUAGGUGUCUGCUCCUAGCACUAUGUAGUUAGAUAUAUAUUUUAUAUGCACAGAACAUCCAGACUUUCUCAUUAGCCUCACAAUAAAUGCCCGACGUUUAAACACAUCACUGAAGUUACAGAUCAUUUGGGAUGCAUUAACACGCGCUUCCCUCUGCAUUCUGUGCCUUUUACAACCAACAUCCAAGCUCACCCUGGGCAUAAAACGAAUCUGAAUUUCAAAGAAAGACAUCCAUUAAGGUGAAUCACACGUUAAUCAUUAUUACAAACCUGAUUAAAACACACCGUAUAUUUUUCA